UGUUUCGAGAUCUUCGCUUUCCCUUCUUCGUCCAUAUGACUUCCCUGAAAUCAGUCCUGUGCGAGUUGUUGUCAUAAAAUGUGUGUCAUGAAAAUUGUUAAUCAGAUUUGUAGUCUCAUAAUUAUCGGAAUUUUUACAUCAACUGUUGACAGCAAUUCAACGAAUACACCAAUAUUCAAAGAGAAUUCCGCUUACCAAACAGAAGAAGGUAUUUGGAACCCAUUAUUAGAAGAAUGGAUUCUGGAGACAGGAAGGGAGAAGCGAGUCAUGCGUUUGGCCAAUGGAGAGAUCAUGGUAGUGAAAAAUGAAAAUGGAUACGGAAAAGAAAGCAAAACACACAACUCCAAAGUUGUUAACAAUGGUAAUGGAAACAACAAACCGGCUAACCAAGUAUCAGAGACGGACUUGUAUCUAUUGAGUGCUAUAGAGAAACUUGUCUACAAAGUUGAUUCUAUGGAGAAGAGAAUGAGAAAAGUUGAAGAAAUGCUUUAUUAUGUUGUAGCUGGAAACAGAAUUGAUCAAGAUCCCUGUCCGGAUAAUUUUACACGCAUCGGAGAGAACUGCUACUUUUUCGCUCAUACAGCUGGUAGAGAAUGUGACUGGAAAGCAGCUAACAAACAAUGCAGAAAACAGAAUUCCGUUCUAGCGGAAUUUGAAACCGUCGAAGAAAAUCAAGACAUAAUGAAUCAUAUUCAAGCAAACGAAUAUCUUAGAGGUAAAGAGUUUUGGACGGGGGGUUUGAAUCCUGGUUUAUUGUGGAUUUGGAGCAACAGUGCGCGUCCAGUAUCUUUGAAAAAUAAGCAGGUGGUACAAAAUGGUGGAAUCACUGGAGAUGGCCGAUGCCUCAAGUUUGCUUACAACCUCAAAUUGCAAUCAUAUUCAUACAGAGGGAGCGAUUGUUCUGAGAGGCAUAGUUAUAUUUGUGAAAUUAUAGAAAACUCAUCCAUUAAUGAAAUACAAAGAAUAGCCAAAAAGUAUUAUGCCGAGUAAUAUACUCCUUCUAUAAGUCGAUUCGAAAAAUAUUAUUUAUGCCUCAAAUAUUGAUAUACAACCUCAUAGUCAUUUAUGCAAUCCUAAUAUAGAAUUUUUUCGAAGAAAUAUAAAUAUUCAUAUAUUUCUGAUUCCAAAUAUAUUUGAUUUAUAAUUCA